AUGCUUCCGCCACAGGUGGCAAACGCACCAAAACAUGCGGCACCUUUGGAGCCUUCCAUCAGGCUCAGGGGCGCAGCCUGCACAGCUUCUCUUCGGGGUGAGCCCAUGCGACGCAGCUGGGCGGCUGGCGCUGCCAUUGGAGUAGCCAUGGCCAGGAGAUCCGGAAGAAAGAAUCGGCUACUGACAGCUCAGACACUGAAGCUUCAGCCACUGCGGUCCUCCUAUUCCAAUGGCCCAGGGGAGGAGAAGCGCAAGGUUCUCGCUGUGGUUGGCUUGGGCAAUGUGGGUAGCCGAUAUGUGGGAACCAGGCACAAUAUCGGCUUCGCUGCGGUAGAUGCAAUUGCGUCUCAUUUGCUGGAGGAUCCUGCAGCAAAGUGGUUCUUCCAAGAUGACAUUUGGCAUGGAGCAUUUGGAGGCAAUGUUUUGCAACUGGCCCGAAAAUCGAAAGAUCAGCUCGCUGACACUGCAUUUACCGACCUGGUCUUGUUCAAACCCGCAUCAAUGAUGAACAGUUCUGGGGGUCCGGUGUUGGAACUAGUGCAAGGCUAUCAGAUCAGCGAAGAGAACUUGGUGGUAAUUUAUGAUGACUUGGACUUGGAUGUAGGUCGCCUGCGCUUGCGCAAGUCUGGAUCUGCAGGAGGGCAGAAUGGUGUGAAGUCUAUUCAAGCACAAGGCCUGAAGAACUUCCUACGGAUGCGUUUAGGUAUUUCUCGGCCUCCCAAGAGUGAAGGCCGAAAUGCAGUGGUUAGUCACGUCUUGGGGCAAUUCCAAGCCGAGGAGAUGGACCAAACACAAAUGGCCCUGCGCAUGACCACAGAGGCAGUCAAGGAUCUUGCGGAUGGGGUGACCAUUGACAAUGUCAUGAACAAGUUCAACAAGUCCUUGGUCGUAGCGGAAUAG